AUGGAACAGAUCGCGGACGAAAUGGAUGCGACCCUGUUUCGGGCUGCCUUCAAUCCGAUCAUAGCCGAGGCGCAUGACGCCAGCCACGGCCUCUAUCAUGCGGUCAGUGGCGACACGCUGGUUCAAGGCAAGUCCGGACUGCCGAUUUUCGUCGGUGUGAUGUCCUUUGCCGUAAAGGCGGUAAUCGAAAAGGUGGCUGCCGACGGUGACUUGCAGGACGGUGACAUCUUCAUCUUCAACGAUGCGCAUAUUGGUGGCACUCAUCUGUCGGACAUGCGACUGGUCCGCCCAUAUUUCCGGGAUGGAGAGCUUUUCUGUUAUCUCGCUUCCGUCGGACACUGGCAUGAUGUUGGCGGUGCAGUGCCCGGCAACUACAACCCGGCGGCCACAGAUGUCUUUCAGGAGGCGUUUGUCCUUCCGCCUGUAAGGUUGGCUCGUGCCGGUGAGGUCAACCGGGACAUUAUCGAUAUUCUCCUGCGCAACACGCGUCUGCCUCAAUCGGCGAUGGGCGAUCUGAACGGUCAACUCGGCGCGCUGGAUCUGGGUGUCCGGCGCAUGGACGAACUGUUGGAUGAGUAUGGAGCAUCCACUAUUACGGCUGCCUUGGAUGCCCUCGGACACAGAGCGGAAGCCUUGAUGCGAGCAGAGCUAGAAGCGAUGCCCGACGGCCGAUGGGAAGCGCUGGAUUAUCUCGACAACGACGGCAUCACUGAUGAACCGCUCGCAAUUCGGGUCGGGCUGGAGAUCAAUGGUGACAGUAUGACCCUGGAUUUUGCCGGGUCCGCGCCGCAAUGUGCAGGUCCGGUCAAUAUCGCGCUUCCAACGACGGUCGCGACAGCCUAUGUCGCGAUCAAGCAUAUCUUCCCGGGAUUGCCUGCGAAUGCGGGCGUGAUGCGCCCGAUUGAAGUCAAAGUGCCCGAAGGCUCGCUCCUUUCCGCGGAAUUUCCAAGUCCAACUGGUGGAUAUACCGAGACGAUCCUGCGGAUGAUCGAUGUGAUUUUCUCCGCCUUCGCCAAAGUUGCCCCGGACCGCGUUGUUGCCAAUGCCUAUGGUACGAUCAAUGCCCUGUCGAUCGCGGGCAAACGCAGCAAUGGGCAGCCAUGGGUCAUGUUCAGUUUUUACGGGGGCGGCCAUGGCGGUUCUCUCGAAGGCGAUGGUCUCAAUCAUGGCAACGCGCCUAUUUCAACGGCCACGAUCCCGCCGAUGGAGAUACUUGAAGCCGCUUAUCCGGUCAUGUUCCGGCAAUGGGCGCUGCGGCCCGACAGCGCGGGGGCGGGCAAGCAUCGUGGCGGCCUGGGUGCUAUCUACGAAAUUGAGGUUCUUGAAGAAAAUGGCGCCGAGGCCUUUUUGUUUGGCGAGCGCGGGCGCUUCGCCCCCAAAGGCAUUGUCGGCGGACAAGAUGGUGCGAUGAACAGGUUUUCCUAUGAGCAGGACGAUGAUUGGAAAGUGCCGCCUCUGGCUUCAAAGAUGCGCGGCAUCAAAUUGCGGCAGGGUCAGGCGGUGAGACUGGAAACACCUGGCGGUGGAGGAUAUGGCAAAACCGAAGACAGGGGCCGAUCAACUCUAUGGCACCGCCUGGCGGGAGAUUUCCAUAUGACCGGGCGCAUGGUGGGCGUUGACGUUGGCGGUACAUUCACGGAUGUCUUUGUCCUCAACGAGGCCGACGGUACCGCGUCCGUGGCCAAGGUGCCGACGACACGUCCGGAUCAGUCAGGUUUGCGUGACGUGUUGGAAAUGCGCCGCCGCGACCGACCCAGAACCUGGGGCUUGCGCGGUGAUUUCGAGCCUGUUGUCGAUCGGCGGAAUCGGCUCGAAGUCCCGGAGCGAACCUUGGCAGAUGGAACAAUCCGCACGCCUGUUGAUCUGGAGGCCGUCCGCGCUGCGGCCAAAACAUUGCACGACCAGGGGUGCAAGGCCGUGGCGAUCCUGUUUGCCAAUGCAUAUGCCAAUCCGGCAAAUGAGCAAGCGGCUGUCGCGGCGGUGCGCGAGAUCUGGGCAAACCCCCAUGUCUCGGCCUCAUCGGAGAUACUGCCCGAAAUUCGCGAAUUCGAACGGUUUUCGACCACAGCACUGAAUGCCUAUCUUCAGCCGGAAGUGUCUGGUUAUCUGGACCGGCUUGAACGAGCGCUGAAUUCACGCGGAUUCGACGGUGAAUUCAUGAUCGUACAAUCCAAUGGCGGGGUCAUGGCCGUGGAAACGGCUUGCCGUCUUCCGGUGCGAACGGCUCUUUCUGGACCGGCAGCGGGUGUUAUCGCCGCUGGAUAUAUCGCAUCGUCUGCUGGCUUCGAAAACGUGAUAACGGGCGAUAUGGGGGGCACCAGCUUCGAUGUUUCCCUGAUAGCCGGCGGACACUCCAUGUUGUCUCCGCAAACAUCCAUUGACUUCGGCAUGGUUGUACGGACACCGAUGAUCGAGAUCACGACGAUCGGCGCCGGUGGUGGCUCCAUCGCCUGGGUUGACAAGGGAGGGUUGCUCAACAUCGGGCCGGAGAGCGCUGGAUCGGAUCCAGGCCCGGUUGCCUACGGUCUGGGAAACGCGCGACCGACGGUAACUGACGCCAAUGUGGUUCUGGGUCGGAUCGACCCUGACAAUCCGAUCGGCGGGAAACUGAAACGGCUCGAUGUUGAUGCCGCACGCGAGGCUAUCGACCGGCAUGUUGGCUCUCCGCUCGAUCUUGGAACACUUCAGGCUGCAGAGGCGAUUCUUCGGGUCGCCAAUUCGCGCAUGGCCGGGGCCAUCCGGCUCGUCAGUAUCGAGCGCGGCUUCGAUCCCAAGCAUUUCGCCUUCAUGCCGUUUGGCGGCGGAGGGGCAUUGCAUGCUGGGGCGAUGCUGAAAGAUGUCGGAAUCGCACGCGCGCUCGUCCCGCGCUACCCGGGUGUCACAUCCGCCAUGGGAUGCGUGAUUGCGGAUAUGCGCCAGGAUUUCGUGCAGACGAUCAAUUCGCUUGUGGCAACGCUCGAUGAAAGCGCGCUCGGUGACUUCAUGCAGGCGCAUGUGGACCAGGGACUGGCUCUUCUCGACGCGGCCAGGUCGACCUUUGAAGCACGUGAAUUGAGCUUCGAGUUGGAUAUGGCCUAUAUCGGCCAGACGCACACGGUCUCCGUGCCAAUGAAUGUCCUGACAGAAAGCAGCAAUGUCAUUCCCCCCACACGAGCGGACAUCGAAAAGGCGUUCGACGCUGCCUACAAGGCGACAUUCGGGCGACUGCUGGAGAAUGGUGUUAGGCGGAUCAUAAAUCUGCGCAGUUCGGUCACCGGUAUGCGUCCCAAGUUCGAUCUUCGGAGCCUUGCCCCCGAAACGACGGAUCCUGCCGUUCCGAAAGCCACACGCCAGGUACACUUUGAAGAAUCGUGGCUCGAAACGGAGAUCUUCGACCGACUGGCGCUUCCCGUUGGAACCGUGAUCAAGGGACCGGCGAUUCUGGAACAGCCUGACACCACCGUGCUUGUCGAGCCGGAUCUGCAAGCAACUUGGGACCUUAGAAGGACGGCGCUCCUGACGAUCGACCUGCAAAAUGACUUUAUCCAUCCCGAGGGUGCUUAUGGACGCGCCGGACAAAGGGCGGACAGCAUCGCAGAUCUACCCGGCCGGAUUGCUCCACUUGCAAGAGCGAUCCGCAAGCGGGGCGGUCACUACAUUUCUGCCCAGUUCACACUUGUACCCGAUGCCAGUGGCGCUCCUUUGAUCGCAUCCCAUCUCAAGAAGCUGCGACCGUUUCUCGGAAAAGGGGACUUUGCACCCGGCAGCUUCGGCAACACGUUGGUUGACGAACUACAUCCCGCCGAUUUUGUGAUCGAGAAGGUCGCCUAUUCGGCCUUCUAUCAGACCCGGCUGGAAUUCAUCAUGCGUGCAGUCGGCAUCGAUACACUGAUCGUAGGCGGCAUUGUUACCAACGGCGGAGUGGCCUCGACGCUUCGGGAUGCACACUUGCGAAAUAUCGAUACGGUUCUGCUUACCGAUGGCAGUGCCGCAUUCGACAGCGAGGUCCAUGACGCAACACUUCUGUCGCUGGCGACCGUCACCGGUCAGAUGACAUGCGUUGAAGCGCUGGAUUGGCUGGAGCAAGCGCUCUAUCUGAGUGGGGCAGCGGUGUCCUACACUCGCCUCGGCCGUCCUGAUAUCGGCCUCACCUCGGUGACGGAGAUGACAGAGACCAUGGCUCUUAUUGCAGAUCGCACGGACCUGCCUGUGAUAAUUGACGCCGAUACCGGUUUCGGCAAUGCGCUCAACGCUCAACGGACCUUGCGCCUUUAUGAGCGGGCAGGUGCUUCGGCGAUGCAGAUCGAAGAUCAGACUUAUCCGAAAAGGUGCGGUCAUCUUGCGGACAAGUCACUCAUCCCGGUUAGUGAAAUGGCCGGAAAGGUGAGGGCUAUGGCCGAUGCGCGAAACUCGGAUGAAACGUUGAUCAUUGCCAGGACAGAUGCCAUUGCGGUUGAAGGGUAUCAGGCGGCGAUUGAUCGCGCAGAAAGCUAUCUUGAGGCCGGUGCCGAUGUGCUCUUCAUUGAAGCGCCGCAGUCACGAGAACAACUUUCGGGUAUUGCGCUGAAUUUCGAAGGCAGAGUGCCCUUGCUGGCGAACAUGGUCGAGGGGGGCGCGACACCGAUAACAGGGGCAGAGGACCUGGAAACCCAAGGCUAUUCGAUCGUCAUAUUCCCGGGUGGUAUUGUUCGCGCAAUUGCGCGAACGGCAGGGGCUGGUGGACUGGUUGCUGCACUCGCCGCACAGGAGGCGGGACAAUCAGUGCUUGUGAUCGAAGCCGACCCGGUGCCGAAAGGCUCAACUGCCCUGUCAGCCGGUCUGAUACCGGCGGCUGGAACGAAGAUACAGGCCAGCGCCGGGGUUGAGGAUGAUGCCAUUGUGUUCGCGGCAGAUAUUCAGGUAAAGGCUGGCAACGAGAACGAUCAGGCGCUUGUCAACCGGCUUGCCUACAAUUCAGCUCCCGUGAUCGACUGGCUGAGCGAGACGUUCAAUCUGCCAUUUUCGCUGAUAACAAAUUUUGACUAUCCGGGUCACAGUCGCAGCCGCAUGCACGGCUUGCCGACCAGAUCCGGUGUCGAACUGAUAGAUGCGCUCCGGGCAACUUGUGAGGCAGCCGGGAUCGAUAUCGUUUGCGAGCGGCGCGCCGGUCGCUUGUUUAUUGAAAACGGGCAGGUAGGCGGCGUCGCCGUUUUGCGGCCGGACGGUGGUGUCGAGACGAUCGGUUGCGACAAGUUGGUUCUUGCCUGCAAUGGCUUUGGAGGCAAUCGUGAACUUGUGCACCGGUUCCUGCCGGAGAUCGAAAACGGCUUGUGGUUCGGACACGAUGGCAAUCGGGGCGAGGCAUUGCUCUGGGGGCAGGCCAUAGGUGCCGGUCUUGCGCAUCUGCGGUCCUAUCAGGGGCAUGGUAAUGUCGCCCAACCCCACGGUAUUCUCAUCACCUGGGCCGUCAUCAUGGAAGGUGGUGUGCAGGUCAACAACAAAGGCCGGCGUUUCUGGAACGAGGCCCAGGGGUAUUCCGAAGCCGCACGCGUGGUGUUGUCGCAACCGGACGGAGAGGCCUUCGCAAUCUUCGAUGGCCGUAUUGCCGGUAUUGCCAGGCAAUUCGAAGACUUCAAGCAUGCCGAAUCUCUUGGAGCGGUCAAGCGAAACGAUACGCUUAAGGGGCUUGCCUGUGACCUGGGUUUGCCGCCCGAAUCCCUGGUGGAAACGGUUGCCUCCAUUCCGUGGAACGGUGUCGACAACUUCAAUCGAAAAUUCGGAACCGAAGCUUUGCGCUCUCCCUAUUGCGGUGUCCGGGUAACCGGCGCCCUUUUUCAUACGCAGGGCGGACUUCUAACCGGCGAGGGAGCACGCGUCAUCCACACCGAUGGAUCGGGCUUUGCCAAUCUUCAUGCAUGCGGCGGAGCGGCAUGCGGUGUUUCAGGGCGAGGCGACAGGGGCUAUCUUUCCGGAAACGGCCUGUUGAGUGCAGUGGUUCUCGGCAAGCUGGCGGGAGAAGCACCCACGGGAUAG